AUGCAGUGGGAGUCGCGCGCUGCACGCCAGCGGGCUAGCCGCAUGAAACACGUCUUUUCCAAUGCCCCGAUCUAUGACUCCAUAUUCCGCAAUCUGAGUCCUCGCACCCUAGUGCGGUUGUCGCGCACAUGCCACAUGAUACGUGAAGCAGUAACUCGUUUUUGCCAGCGCGCAUACAACAUCAACCGACAUCUGUCGCGUUAUUUCCCAGAUCCCCUUUCAUUCCGCUCUCUCCAAGCGCGAACUGGUCUCAUCAUUUCAGGAUCAAGUGCACUUCAAUUUUUAGACCGUUCCUUCUACCCUGAGUCAGACCUCGACAUCUACUGUCACCCUGGUCACGUUUACGAGGUGCUAGAGUGGAUGGAGAGCUUUGGGUAUCGAUUUGGACCACACAAAUAUCAAGAUGCAGACUGGCGUAGCCAGGUUUCAGCUGAUUGGGAUGGCACGGUGUCAAGAAUACGAGUCCUGGACCCAUUGCAUCAUUUGCUGGACGAAGAUCCUAUACGCUCGACGCGGUAUUCUAAUAUCGCUGAAGUCUACAACUUCAAGCGGUUUAUAAUUAUAGAUGAAGAGCUUGUAGAGCUCCAGGUCCAAGUGAUUGAAACGAUCAACAACCCUAUCGAUACUGUCAUGAAAUAUCACUCAACUUGCGUCAUGAACAUCAUUACUUUCGAUGCAGCAUAUUCAUUUUACCCAAUCGCAACAUUUGAGGACCGAAGCGCACUCAAAAUCCCUGGAUCGAGGCACCGCCCGGAUGUUCUUGCAAAGUAUAUCAAAAGAGGUUGGAGAGCUUAUUCACUAUUCAGGCCCGGGGAUCUCGCGCGGCCCUAUGAAUCUCCAUUCCUCCCGAACAUCACGCGAUGGGUCGGUGAUCGUCACUGUUGGACCGUUCCACUAGAUACAUCAGGAGUCGAGCUCCGUAGAGCGUUGUCUGCGUCCUCGGAACAAUUUUCGUGGGACCCCUCCACCCAGAGCGGUUGGACACUGUUGACCAAACCAUCCUCACUCGCCAAUUUCAAAGUACCAGAAAUGGAUGCCAACCUCGUUGCAACCACUAUCUUCCGCUACAGCUAUAUGAUUCCCAGUCAAUCGCUUUCUUUGGCAAUUCGUGGGUGGGCGUGCUCCCAGGCUAAACUCUACCAUGGAUUAGUAACGAGACGUGACUGGACUUGGUUCGACGCUGAAAUUCCAAGGCUCCGUGAGUUGACUGACUUAGAGCAGGUGACAUAG